CCUCCACAAGCGUAGUCGACUGCAAUGCUUAAGACAGUCAGACGUAGGUCGCCCAGGCAAUUACUUCGCGCCAGGAUUUCGCAAACGGUUCCUCGCCCAGCUGGAGUCGCGAGGCCUCGGUUGUCGUCGAGAGUCCAAUCACGCGUGCCGGCGUCGCCACCUACAGCGGCCUCGCCUCUUGAACCCGUAUACGUUUCGCUUAGCGCACCUUUUAAGCCCAAGCGCACAGAUCCCGAUCCACAAGAAACGCUGGUUGCUUUGGACCCCACUAUCUUCAAUCACCCAAUUCGACGUGAUGUCCUCCAUCUCUGUGUCGUGCAAUAUCGUGAUUCCCUCCGCCAAGGCUCCGCAAAUACCAAAACUCGUGGCGAAGUUCGUGGCUCGGGCAGGAAGAUUCGUCCUCAAAAGGGCACUGGAAAAGCACGUCUUGGGGAUGCCCAGAGUCCUAUGCUCAGAGGUGGAGGUAUCGCGUUCGGUCCCAAGCCUCGCGAUUUCAGUACCAAGCUGCCCAGGAAAGUCAUUCAGAUGGGCAUGCGGGUUGCGCUCAGCGCAAAAGUCAAGGAACAGCAGUUUGGUGUCAUGUUCAGUAUGGACUGGCCAGAACCCAAGACGAAGACCCUUGCCAAGAGACUGGAGGAUCUCGGUCUGGAUCAGACGUUGUUUGUCACCGGAGAGGAGGAGAUUCCUGUAACUUUGGAAAGAGCCAUUCGAAACAUCCCAAAGGUGAAGCUGACGACAUCAAAUGCGCUGACCGUUCACGAGUUGCUCAAAUGGCGACGCAUAAUGCUCGACGCCAAAGCGGUGGACUUUUUUGAACGGACAUUGUCACGAAUUCCCCCUACUGCAGCGCACUAAUACAUUUUGUUUCGUUCGUUCCGGACCAAAAUGUUUACCAAGAAAUAAGGUUACAUAAGUAGGCAUCACUAUACUACAUAUAUGUAGCAGGAGGAUCCUCACCAUAAAACUCGUCUUCGGAUUCAAAUGCAUCAUACUCUUCUUCACCCCAUUCCUCAUACUCAGGCUCCCAUUCAUGCACAUCUUCGUCCAUCUCCUCCUCAUCCUGGUCCCCGAAAAGGUGGUCAUCUAUCAUAUCACCCAUUGAUUGUAUCAGACCAGCUGAGCCAUCACUCUCUGCAACGCAAAUGCGCACAUCCUGGAUAAAUGACUGGAUGGCUUUAGAAAAUUCUUCGGAAUGCGCUUGUUCGACUUCAAGUGUGAAACGAGGACAUCCGGCUGCAACACGACGCUCAGCGAGCUGUAGUAGCUGGAACGCGCUCUGCGUGUAUUCUCCUUCCGUAGAAAAGAAGACAGAGGAUAGAUGAGGAAAAGAGGAGAAUGAAGAUGACGGGG